AUGCCCGAUUCCACGGUCGAUGCACAUGCCUCUCGGCAUGUUGCGGAGUCCCCAUGUUCUGUGGACCAUACGGAUGAAAAUGACAGCCUCCACACCCUUUCCACUCCUCCAAGUCUGACUGAUUCUGGAUCGAAAGGGGAGGAAAGGAAUAUACCCCAUCCCAGAAUGGAAACUUCUGCUGGUCAGACGGAUAAGGACACUGGGGAGGUGAAUCCCAAGUCUAGCUGGAAGAACGCCCUCCUUGGGUCAACAAAUUCGCUCCCUCUUGAUGUUGUGGCCUCCUCCCAAACAAAAGACGGAAUGGAAAUCAAACUCCCAGACAACCUAAUGGAUAUAAUCGCCACCUCCCUUCACCUGACUAUAGUUAGUCGCUUCUUCUCCUUCCAACAUUCUAUCGACAUGGUCAAGCAUUGGGCAAAAUCUCACUGGAAGCUUAAAGGAAGCCUGGAGGUUUCAGCCAUGCCGGGGGGACUCUUUCUAUUCAAAUUUAUCACUGAGGAGGAUCUGAUUUAUGUCCUGUCGGGGUCCUGGGCUUAUGGAAAGCACUUCUUAACCAUGGCUAAAUGGAAACCUGGUUUUGACCCCUCUACAGAACUAAACCACAUGGCCCCAGUGUGGGUUAGGCUACCCGGACUCCCUCUGGAGUUUUGGGAUGAACAAAUCUUUCGAUGGAUAGGAAACUCAUUUGGUUGCUUUGUUGCAGCAGACUCGGUCACUCUCAACAAGUCCAAGUUGGUGUAUGCUCACUUUUGUGUCAAUGUUACGAUCAACAAAACCCUACCGAACUUUAUCUCCCUAAAGUCCAAAUGGGGAAAAUGGUCCCAAGACAUUGUGUACGAAAAUGCUACCCUGUACUGCCAGAAGUGUAACACUCAGGGGCAUUCCUAUACAGAUUGUAAAUCCCUUGUGGUAGCAGAACCCAAGAUUAAGAAUAAAGCCAUAUGGGCUGAACCCAUCAACCCUGGUGACCCGUCAUCCUCAACCCCCCUGAGCAGACUACUGAGAAUGUUAUUCCUGAAGUUUACUAGCACACAGACAAGAGCCUUGAGAUCUUAA